UCUCUGAAAGACCUAAAUCGUAUCUUUUUCGCUACCAGAGAACAGCAUUCGUCUUUGCGCAAUCGCCAAUAAAAAGUCACCGACUUCCGACAGCGUAAUGGACCAAUCUAGCCAAGUUGCCCCAUCUGGGCGUGCAGAUUCUCCUUCCACAUUGAGCGACGCCCAACAGCCGACCCCUUACCAACCCAUGGGUGAGCACGAAGUCCUCCCCCAUCUCAUAGCCAUAAAGGUCGAACCUCGUACUAAUUCAGCCUCGCCGCGCAAAAGAUCCCCAAUGCCCGCAGCCCCAGACAGAGCAGAUGGAGAUGGGCCUUCGCGGCGGUGAUGAUGGCCGCGGGCCUUGUCCCGGACGCUUCUGCUUCAUCAUUC